AUGAAUGCUGAGAGGAAUGGUGAGAAAGUCUUGGCAUUUGGAGGAAAAAGGAAAGAACUGCGGCAAGUUGCAACUGGGUGGGGGUGGGGGAUACAGACCAGUUUAAUUUGGGUUCUGUUUGAUGCUGUUUUGAUUGUUAUGGCACGUUCUCUAGACAAGAUAAAGAGCAUCGAUGGCUCAAAAGAAACUCUUAAACUCAGUGUGAGGAUCAGUUAUCUAUGGUUUAUUGGCAUGCCUAACAAAUCUGAGCAAGCUGAAAUGGUGUUUGUGGCCUCCGAUGGUGAUGAGAUCCACGUUGUUUGGGACAUCCCUUUUAGAAAAUACAGGUUUGCUAGAUUUGCAGAUGUUGUGGUUGGCCAGUUUGAACGUGGACUAUUGGUUGAUGUUAUUGGUGUUGUGGAGGAGGUUUUCGGCAAGUUUCAGGAAAAGUUUGUGAAGUUCUUAGAUGAUUAUGAAGGUGAUGGUCCAAUUACAGUUCUAUUAAGUCAUUGUAGGAUCAAGGAAGCGCAAGAGUUGGGCAUUGAGGCCCGGUCAUUUUUUAAAUCCCAUGGUGAAGGGAGUACACAACUUUUAGGUUUUAUCCAAUUAUCAUCAAAAGAAUCAUUCUUUGGCAAGGCUGAGGCAAAGACUAUUGCUGAGAUUAACACCAUCUCUGAAGAAAUUGUUUGUGUCACUGUUGGCACAAUUACUAGGAUUGUUCUAGACAAUCAUUCAUGGUAUAGGCUUGAGGUGAUGAUCAACCAGGGAAAUGAAAGCACAAAAUUCCUGCUUUGGGACCGUGAAUGCAGUGAAUUAAUUGGCCAAUCAGCUGAUGCAGUUAAUAAGCUUAAAAUUGAAGAUGAUGAUGUUGAUUUGAAUGCUUCACCCCAAGCACUUGAUAAGCUGUUGGGUCAUGAACUUGCUUUCAAGAUAAAUGUGCAACCCAAGUUCAGGAAUUCUGCUGUUUUGAAGUGUUCAGCUGACUCGAGCUUGAUAAAUGUUGUGAUGGAUAUGCUAGCUGAUGCUGAGACAUCUUCAAAAAUGGAUAUCCCGGUUUCUGAUUCGAAUCAUUCUGCUCAACAUGAAUAUGAGUUUUGA